AUGACGACCGAAAACCCAGCAAAGAGCUUGACCGAUAAGCAACAAAAGCAGUCGAUCGAGGAAUUCGACAUUGGACGCCAACGUUCCAAUCGUGAGCUCGAAUGUGCCAGAAUCAUCGUCGACUUUCUUGAGUGUGCCUUUCAAAAGCUGGCUUUACGAUACUGUAAAUUUGAACACAAGGUACUGGAUUCGUUUUGUGGAGUCAUGUUUUAUCGAGGAGCUCAUCCUCAGAUAGCGAAGUAUAUGAAUGACAUGCGAUCAACGCUACGUUACUGGAUAAGUCAUCAACACAUCAUGUCGUUUACCGUGGUAAUCAAGGAUGUAAAGAAUGAGGAAGAAGUGGCUGAAGUGACGAUAGGCUUCUAUUCUGGGCUUGGCAAGAAUUGGGAGAAUCUGUAGGUUUGGAUGUGUUAAUGUUUUUGUGUUUGCUUAUUUUUGUGUUUGUAUUAGUUCUUGAUUCAAAACCUUAUGGAACAUAACAUCUUCAAAAUAAAAAAAUAGUGAAUUUAAUUUUGAAUCUUAUCAUUAUUUUGAUGUCUUUUCAGAUCAAUCCGUUCAGACGUAACAGAGAGGGUGAAGGACAGAUGUAUAUGUUUAUUCGAAAAGCUGGAUGAGUUACCGACCAGAGAAGAGCUUCUGAACAAUGUUGCAGGAAGAGGUAUACUUUAGGUGUCAAAGGGUAUUACUGACACUAAUGUUUUAGCUGUUUUUAGUCUUUUAAAUCGAAAACGCGUUAUAAGCAUCAAUAAUACAAUAUAUAAGCUUCUACAGAAGGAUAUAAUUUAUAUUUGCAUGGUGAAUAUAAAAUUAAUUCUAUUCAUCACAAGAAGUUUGUAUAUUGAUGUUGUUUCUCUCAAAUGUGACUUGAACAAAUGUGUGUUACUUGUAUGUGUUUACAUAUUGUUUUAGAGAUAAGUGCUCAAAUUCGAUGCAAAUUACUACCCGAAGCACCACAUCCUAACAAUGUGUCGGUAAGUACUUUAAACAAUUUUCAGUGGAGAUAUUCAUCGUACAUUGUUUUGUUUGAGUUUCGCGGCUAUAUUGAGAUAACCCCUCUUGUUUCACAUAAGCGAUGGCAUUAUUAUAAAUAAAAAGCGAUGACACAUUCUAAAAUUGAAUUUCAUAACUUUUCAAAGUAUUAUGUGUCAUAUCGUGAUUAAAAUUAUGGAUAAUCUACCGGUUUUGUCAUCAAGAUUACAUUCUUUGACAAGUAUAAUAUCGGUACUGUAAUGAUUAAAAAUAGGUGCAUUGUACUGUAAUGUAAAUCGCUUGUGUACUAAUGUAACGUAAACAUCUUUCGGUAUACCAAUGUAAAGUAAACAUCUUUCGGUAUACCAAUGCAAAGUAAACAUCUUUCGGUAUACCAAUGUCACGUAAACCGCUUUCAGGGGAUUGUGUGGGACCACGACCUCAACUCGCUCCGUUUCCCAACCAAACAUAUCUUAUAUUCAGCACCACGCAUCGACUCGGAGUUUGUCGAGUUUUCGUUACAAUGUAACUACAGAACAGAGUCAGUGUAA